AUGGCCAAGGGUGGAAAAGGCCCCAAGGGCAAGAAGAUCACCCUCAAUGUGGCUAAGAAUUGUAUCAAAAUUACAUUUGAUGGGAGAAAACGCCUUGACUUGAGCAAGAUGGGAAUUACCAACUUCCCCAAGUGUAUUCUGAGACUCAGCGAUAUAGAUGAGCUUGAUCUUAGCCGGAAUAUGAUCAGGAAGAUCCCUGAUUCAAUCUCUAAGUUCCAGAACCUACGGUGGCUGGACCUGCACAGCAACUACAUUGACAAGCUUCCUGAGUCCAUCGGCCAGAUGACCACUCUUCUCUACCUCAAUGUCAGCAACAACAGGCUGACCACCAACGGGCUGCCCGUGGAACUUAACCAACUCAAGAACAUCCGUACUGUGAAUUUAGGUUUGAACCACCUGGAAAGUGUGCCCACCACGCUGGGUGCUCUAAAGGAGCUCCAUGAGGUAGGACUCCACGACAACCUGCUCAAUAACAUCCCCAACAGCAUCUCCAAGCUGCCCAAGCUAAAAAAGCUCAACACAAAGCGAAAUCCCUUCCCCAUGGCAGAGGAGUCUGAUGCAUUCAUAGACUCCAUCAAGAGGCUGGAAAACUUAUAUCUGGUCGAGGCCAAGGAUCUGUGUGGGCCAUGCUUGAGAAAAUGUCAGCAGGCCCGAGACAAGCUGAACAGAAUCAAGAGCAUGGCUGUGACAACACCAAGAAAAGCCAUCUUCAGUAAUUUGGUCUCACCCAACUCUAUGGCCAAGGAGUCUCAGGAAGAUUGGAGGUGA